AGUACGUGUUUGGUUACACGGUCAAAAACGGAAAACGCGCUUCCAUCUGUUCAAAAGCACUUUGAGGAUGUUUGGCUCUCCAUAAUCCUUCUGCCGCCGCCUAGCUUUUGACAACUAGAAUCGAUUUUGAAAGAAGCUGCUAUUCCUAGCUUCUACAAAUCGAUUUCCUACACCUUAGGUUUGCUUUCUCUCAAUUUCUCUUUUUUGCCCUUACCUUCACCGCCAUAAAUCCAUGUUGAUCUGAAUUUUUCAAAUUUUUUUUGAAACAUUGAAGGCAAAGCUGUUUUUUCACCUGUAUAAUAACUCUAUGCUUAUCUAAAUUUACUAAUCUCUUGUCAAACAUUGAACUCUAAUUCCUUAAUGGAAAUAUGAUCCACUUUGUAUUAAGGGCGGCCUCCACAUUUUCAUUAAUUCUUCACAACUUGUAGAAAUCAGUCACCAACCUCAUAGUUUCAUUAACUAUGUAGUUACUCUCUGUUCAUACAAACUUCUAUAUAUAGGUUGGCUCAUUUAUCACUCUUUCAUUCUUAAACAAGCAAAUAGCCAAAUAGUUACAGUGUUUGGUACUCAAGGGUAAGCUCAAACACUCAUCUUCUGUCUAUUAAUUCAAUUUUGAUAACAUUGCAUUUGAUGUGUUUGAUAAAAUGCCUAAAUAAAAAACAAUUUAUUUCUUUUGUUUUCCUUGACCUUAGUAUGAUUGUUUAUUUUAUUUUUUGCCUGAAAUAUUAAUGAUAUUGAUGGAGUUUGAAAAUAGCUUCUAUGUUUUUCAUCAAAUGAUACUAAUCAAUAUUAUUUGCAUUGUAUGAGUACUUUAGAUUGAGUUAUUUUCUAUACCAUUUAUCACUAUAGUUUCAACUUUGUUGACAGAAGGAAUGUUCUUCAUUUUUUUUCUAUCUUUUGUCAACUCUAGAAAAUAAAGGAAGAGCUAUCUAUGGUGUUCAUAUGUGGUUUUAUAAUUUAUUUUUACCAAAUUUUCUCUUAAACACAUGUAUUAUAUCUGAAGUUACAAGUUUCAAAGGAUAAUAUCUAAAGAAUUUAUCAACCUUGAUGAAGACCUUGAAUAGUUUAGGACCAUGGAUCUUGAAAUAGUUGCAAGAAGAGAAAGCUUUCAAGCACAAAUGCCACUUAUUCAUGUCUGUUAUUUAAUAUUUACUUUUGACAAGGUUUUAGAUGUGUGUGUUUUUUUAGUAGAGAAUAUGUCUUUAUUUUAUUGGUGUUUUGGUUCAGUUUUGCUACUAUUUUGGUUAUGUUUUUCUAUAUGUUGAUAUAAACAACCUCAAUAAGCUCUUCAAAUGAUAAUGAUAAUAAAGUCUCUCUUUGUUUGCUUCUUUGUUUUACUUGAACUCAUAGUGAUUUUUGUUUACCAAUUUCACCUCAUUAGAUAAGUGGUUAUUCGAAUAUAGGUUUGAUUCAAAUAGAUUAAUAUUUAACCUUGUUUACAUAAAAUGGUGAAUACCAAGAAAAAUGUUGUGCGUUUCUCCUCACCUAAUGAUGGGGGGCAGAAAACAAAAGCUAAUUGGGAUUAUAAGUCAACUGAAAACUUUGUGAAAGCAUGUUUGGAGCAAGUUUCCAAGAGAGAACGUGUUGGUACGAGCUUUACAAAAAAAGGGUGGAACAAUAUUAAGGCCCAAUUUCAUAAUUUAACCGGACUGAAGUAUGAGAAGGCUCAAUUAAAGAAUAGGUAUGACAGUCUGAGAAAGGAUUGGAGAGCAUGGUAUAACUUAUUUGGGAGAGAAACUGGAUUAGGGUGGGAUCCGGUGAACAACACUGUUGUAGCACCUGAUGAGUGGUGGGAGACCAAACAGCUGGAAAACCCUCCUUAUGAAAAAUUUAGGAACAAGGGGCUUCCAUUCUCCAAUGAGUUAACUACACUUUUUAAGGAUGUAGUGGCUAAUGGAGAGUACACUUGGGCACCAUCAUGUGGGGUAUUGGCAUGUGUGUUUGAAAAUGAUGAUAAUGAUGUAGUGGCUGUAGAAGGAUCUGGCGAUAGCGAGGAUGCAAGUGUUGGAGCAACAACUGAAUUUGCAAAUAUUAGACUGAAUUCUUCACAAAAAACCGAUGGUCAAAAGAGUGGUGAGAAGAGGAAAAGAGUUGUUAGAGUAGACAAGCCAAGUAAGAAAAAAGCAAGUGCAUCAUCAAAGAUAGCUCCGGGUAAUAGCAGAGACAUGUCGUUCUCGCAAUGA